CAACUCCCCGGCUGGCGCGGCUGGCGCGGCUCGCCUUCCCGGCUCCUUCCGCGCGGCGAGCUCAGCCCCGCUAGAUUUUUCCUUUUCUGUCCCAGCUCUCUGUCGUCUGGGCGGCGGCAGGGGGAUGGGGGCCCGCCAGGGGAAUGGGGUGAAGAUCGAUGAAGAUUAUUGUUCUUUUUAAGGAUGCUUUAGCUUCCUCCCGCCGCCUCUCCUUUGAGCCUUCUACUAGAGACCGUGGACCAGAGUCAGGGAUGUAAAGAGAGGGGGGAAAAAAAAACGCCAGGAGCUCCAGCCAGCCGGGGAGACCCUCCUCUCUGUGGAGGGGAGGGGGACUUCCAGCGACAGAUCAUUGGCGAAGGGGACCGUCGCGGGGAGAGGAGCCCCGGAGGGAGCGGGGAAUCCCUCAGCCCUUUGUGGUUGCCCGAUCCCGUGCCGCCUGCUGAGCGGGGUCAGUGGGAGCUAGGUGCACCCGUGGAAAUGCGCACCUCACAGAGACACUGCUUGAGGUGACCUUCCCGUGGCUCAUUCUUUUGGGGACCUUGACUCUGCGACUUUGUUCGGUCCAAAAUGGCAGAGAAAGCCCCCCCUGGCUUAAACAGGAAGACGUCAAGGUCGACGCUUUCCCUUCCGCCAGAACCGGUGGACAUCAUUAGGAGCAAAACGUGCUCCCGCCGUGUGAAAAUCAACGUGGGGGGCCUCAACCACGAGGUCCUGUGGCGAACGCUGGACCGCCUGCCCAGGACCCGCCUGGGGAAGCUGCGGGACUGUAACACGCACGAGAGCCUCCUGGAGGUGUGCGACGACUACAAUCUGAACGAGAACGAGUAUUUCUUUGAUCGCCAUCCGGGAGCCUUCACUUCCAUUUUAAAUUUCUACCGGACGGGGAAACUCCACAUGAUGGAGGAGAUGUGCGCUCUCUCUUUCGGCCAAGAGCUCGACUACUGGGGGAUCGAUGAGAUCUACUUAGAGUCCUGCUGCCAAGCCCGGUAUCAUCAAAAGAAGGAGCAGAUGAAUGAAGAGCUGCGGCGGGAGGCGGAAACCAUGCGAGAGCGGGAGGGCGAAGAGUUUGAUAACACCUGCUGCCCGGAAAAGAGGAAGAAACUCUGGGACCUGCUGGAGAAACCCAACUCCUCCGUGGCUGCAAAGGUAUGAAAGGCAGAGCGAUGCGUUCCUGCGCGUGGUUGGAAAAGGCGGUGCCUUAUUCUAGAGAAUGUGGUUUGCUUCGUUUAAGUUGCUUCGGAGGUAGGACAGAACACACUGUGGCUAUGCGGUGAGAUAGCCUUUCCAAGAUCUUGUGCGGUCCAGUUGAAUUAUUCUUCCUGUCAAGGCAUGCAAUGGCAUCACUUUCCUAGGUGUUAUUAUUAUGUAGGCGCAGGCCGAGGCCA